AAAUUAUCUGACAUUCACCCAAAAGUAGAGAAACCUCCCACGAAACUGAAAGUGCAGAAGCGAGAAGGGCAUUUUCGUCACUUUGUUAUCUUUCGAAACAAACUCAACUUGCUUACGCGGGAGCUCUAUAAAUUGACUGAGACUUGGGAGUCCUUCCAUCUCACCGUCUCAUUUCCCCAGUUUCAGUUUUCCUUCGCUCUCUGCCCAUCCAUGGCUUCUCUUCGAUUCUCUUCCCUUCUUCUUCUGAGCUGCAUUUUCGUGUUCGCUUCUGCCAGAGAUUCUCCUAAUGCUCCUGCCCCAAAAUUCUCAAGGGCUUAUGCUCCUGCCCCAAAAGUCUCACUGGCUGUGUACUACCAGACCUUGUGCCCUUCUUGUUCCAGUUUCAUCCUCAACAACCUGUCGGAGGCCUUCGAUAAUGGACUCAUUAAUAUUCUUGAUAUCAAGCUCGUUCCUUUUGGAAACGCCAAGAUACACGGCAAUGACACCAUCACCUGCCAGCAUGGCCCAGAUGAGUGCUUUCUGAAUACUGUGGAAGCCUGUGCCAUUGAUGUCUGGCCUAAUCUGUAUGACCAUUUCACAUUCAUUUCCUGUGUUGAAGAACUGAGCCCAGAUGUCAAAUACAUAGUGUGGCAAUCCUGUUUUAGGAAAUUGAAUUUGGAUCCAAGACCCAUCUUAGCUUGUUCUCAUGGUAGACGGGGGAAGGAGCUUGAACUUAAAUAUGGAAAAAUAACUGGUUCUCUUAGACCUCCUCUUGAAUUUGUCCCUUGGGUAACAGUCAAUAAUCAGCCGCUCUUUAUGGACUAUGAAGGCUACACAAGCUAUGUGUGCAAUGCUUACCAAGGCACAGCUGUGCCCAGGAUUUGCAAGUCAGGAACCUAUCUUAACCCCCCAAGGGAGAUGCCAAGCCCGGCCCCUGGACCUGUCCUCCAUGAAGUUGUCUUUGGAACACACAGGCUCUAGAUGAUGUUAUAGAAGUCUAUACUCUGAUGUUAUCUAUUCUGUGUGCUUGACCCAUCAUGGGUCAUCCCAAAUAAAUAUGUAAUAAUUGGGAAAAAUAAAAAUAAAUGAAUUAUUUAUUGUCGA